CUGGCUACACAGUCACUGCGGCUAUAAGCAACCUCUAAACCGAACAUACCAAAACAGUGAACAUAAGCGUUAAAAUCCCAUAAAAUUCAAGCGAAUUAAUGGGUAAAAUUACAAAAGCAUGGGAAAACACCAGCAAAACAUAAAAAGGUGACUACAAUGUGAUCGAAAAACUUCCUCAGGAGUUGGGGAAAACUUGCCUUGGAAUGUACAGUUCUCUCAACUGAUACAGUGCUCAUUAAAUAUGCUGGGCUCUCUAACUAUGCUGGGCUCCUCUUGAGUCUAGUGGCAUUUUUCCUGAUCUGUAGUAUACUUUCUAGCUGACAUUCCCAGGCCUACCUGGAAAUGCUGCCAUGUGUGGGGUUGAACCUGUGACCUUCUGCAAAGCAAGCAGAUGCUCUACCCUUGUGCCAUGGUGCUUCCCUGUACAGAUCAGCUGAAGAGGGGGUUAGUGCCCCUGUCCCUCACCAAAUGAUGUUACAACCUCUCAGGCCUCUUCCAUGCUGUGUCUAGGUUCUUAUUUGUUUUAAUUUGGCAGCUGGCACCAAAAUCAGUGGGGCUUUUGUGGGCUAGGAAAAUGUACUUAGAUGGUGGGAGGGGAUGAGUGAGCUCUCUGGGCCAGAAGCUGGCAAGCCCCACCUUAAGCCAAGGAGGAGCUCCCUGGUGGUCUCUGUUUGCACUGGGGCAGCACCUACUCCCCACAACUCAUUGGAAGAAAGCAACAUGAGGAGGUCAUGUUCCCAGGAUUCUUUCCUGGGUAUUCGUUCUUUUCUGUGUUUCCUGGCACAGGUUCCUCUCCCUCCUGCCGCUGCUGCCUUCUGUGCAUGGAGAAAGAUGGAGAAAACCAACGGUCUGAAGGCUUCACCUGCCAACCAUCAGCCACAGGAGCCCAUGAAAACUGCUGCCAAUGGGGACCCAGAGAGAAAGGAGCUCAGCAACCACAGCAGAGUGCCGUCAGCCAAUGAUGACACGUCCUCAGAACUUCAGCGUGUUGCCGCCUUGGAUAAUGUGGACGAGAAAUCCCACAAGACAGGAGGCCUCUCCAGGAUAGCCCGCCUGGUGAUGGUUAUCCGGGGUUGGGCCAAUAAAGGCUUGAAAGAAGAAGAGCGGCGGCCAGACUCCUUCCUGGAACGAUUUCGAGGACCAGAUGUCAAGACUUUGGCAGUAGCUGCAGCAAGGGGCGAUGGGUUUGAUACCCAUGAAAGAAAGACAAAGAAGAAAUGGAAAGUCUUUGUGAUGAAUCCCGCAGGGGACUGGUAUUACCGAUGGCUUAUGGUCAUUGCAGUCCCAGUCCUGUAUAACUGGUGCACGUUGGUAGCACGGGCCUGUUUCAACGACCUCCAAAGGAAGUACUGGAUCUGGUGGCUAGUUCUAGACUACAUCGCAGAUAGCAUCUACAUCGCAGACAUUGUCAUCCGCUUUCACACAGGUUUCCUAGAGCAGGGAUUACUCGUCAAGGACCUCAAGAAGCUGCGUGAUAAGUACAUUGCCACCAUGCAGUUCAAGCUGGAUGUCCUCUCUGUUUUGCCCACUGACUUUGCUUACUUUGCCGUCGGCUUAAACCGCCCCGAGUUGCGCUUCAACCGGCUGCUGCAUUUCUCCCGCAUGUUUGAGUUCUUUGACCGGACGGAGACACGGACCAGCUACCCAAACAUCUUCCGAAUCUGCAACCUGGUGAUGUACAUCUUGGUCAUCAUCCACUGGAAUGCCUGCAUUUACUAUGCUAUCUCUAAGGCCAUUGGCUUUGGAGAGGACACCUGGGUGUAUCCCAACAUCUCAGACCCAGAGUUUGGUUAUUUGACAAGGGAGUACAUCUACUGCCUCUAUUGGUCCACACUGACCUUGACUACCAUUGGGGAGACCCCUCCGCCUGUGCGUGAUGAAGAGUAUCUCUUCGUCAUCUUUGACUUCCUGAUUGGUGUCCUCAUCUUUGCUACCAUUGUGGGAAAUGUGGGCUCCAUGAUCUCCAACAUGAACGCCACCAGGGCAGAGUUUCAGGCCAAGAUUGAUGCAGUCAAGCAUUACAUGCAGUUCCGCAAAGUGAGCAAGGACAUGGAGGCCAAGGUGAUCAAGUGGUUUGACUACCUGUGGACCAAUAAGAAAACUGUGGAGGAGUGGGAGGUCCUGAAGAACCUGCCUGACAAGCUGCGGGCAGAGAUAGCCAUCAACGUCCACCUGGAGACGCUGAAGAAAGUGAGGAUCUUCCAGGACUGUGAGGCUGGGCUUCUGGUGGAGCUGGUGCUCAAGCUCCGCCCCCAGGUAUUCAGCCCUGGAGACUAUAUUUGCCGGAAGGGGGACAUUGGCAAGGAGAUGUAUAUCAUCAAGGAAGGGAAGCUGGCUGUUGUGGCAGAUGAUGGCGUGACCCAGUAUGCUAUGCUCACAGCAGGCUGCUGCUUUGGGGAGAUCAGCAUCCUCAACAUCAAAGGAAGCAAAAUGGGGAACCGGAGGACGGCAAAUAUCCGGAGCAUUGGCUAUUCCGACCUUUUCUGCCUGUCUAAGGAGGACCUCAUGGAAGCAGUGACAGAGUAUCCAGAUGCCAAGAAAGUCCUGGAGGAGCGUGGGCGAGAGAUCCUCACCAAAGAAGGUCUGUUAGAUGAAGCAACUGCAGCAGAGGGCAUGGAAGGUAUGGAUGUGGGGCAAAAGCUGAGCAGGCUGGAGGCCAGCUUGGACAUGCUGAAUGCCCGGUUCUCCCGCCUCCUGGCUGAGUAUGAUGCUGCCCAGAUGAAGCUCAAGCAACGUGUCACCUCCCUGGAGACCAAAGUGAAGCAAGACCAGCAGGAUGACUUCUUCUCUGAUGGUUCCAUUAGCCCAUCCACAGAAGAGGGGAAAGCCAAACCUUAACCUACUGCGCUGCCAUCUGGAUUUGAGGCAGCAGCAUUUCCUUGCAUCUGAUUCCCAUCCAGACUGCCUUGCAGUAACCCUGUCUCCACCAAACUGCUGCUCCCUAGCUGACUCUUUCUCUCCCCUUAGUCCAUUCCCAGGUGUAUGUUCCUGGUGACUUUCACCAGGGUCCUUUUAAGUCUCUCUUGAACUGCUUUGAGAAGGUCAGACACCCUCCAUUUCUUUCCUCAAGUUGCAUGUUCCUCCUCUCACCCUCGCCCCCAAAUGGGCCAAAUAGCACUGCCUCUGACAGGUGCUUAUUUGGAACAUUCCCAUCAAGUAACCCACUACAGUAGACCACAUUACCUGCUUACAAUCUUAUUUUGACAACCACUUUUGUGAAAAUCUCUAAGCCGGUCCAGGUCCUUCCUGUUCGUGGAGCACAUUCAGAGAAAACCUCUCCCUGUGAACUGCCUAUGCUCCCUAAGUCUGCAUAGAGGGCAAAGGAAGGGGAUGUGUGCACUUGGGUGUGUGGGAUGUUGGUGUUUGCUAGGGCCUGAACCCACCUGCUUCAGUGAGGAUUAUAAGAUUUUGGAAAUGUGUUAGUUGAAGAUUGCUUGUAUGCCUGCAAUCCUGCCAUCCCACACAAGCUCUUUAGCCCUGGUUCUGCUGCCUGACUGCUCAAGCGGACAGUGCUGUCUCAUUCAGUCUCAUUCCCUUUCUGCUCUUUGAGGCUUUUAAGAUCCCUCCUGAUUGAGUUUCCCCCUCAGUUCUUGAAGAUUUACAGCUCCUUCUGCAUCGACUUUAGAGCUCCAAUUGAUGCCUCUCUUUAGCAAGCAUUGCCUUGGGGGCUCGACACACCCCAGUCAGGUAGGGGGAACCCCAUACUUGUCCAGGGAAAGUGAUUGAGCCCAACACAAAUUCUGAACCUGGAACCUAUCCCAGAAAUGCUGGAGAGGAAAAUCUCCUCACAUUUCACAUGAAGGAUUAAGCUGAAGUGGCUGCCCCAUGUGUGCUGGGUAGAAAUGGCCAGCUGAACAUCAGGACAGGCUUGGUUGAGACCAUACCCCUCUUUCUUGUUUAACUCACCAGUAUCCCUUGGCUAAUGCACAAUAGCUGUGCCAUUCUCAGGGAAACACCCCACCCCCUGCAGCCCUCUCCCUUGUCCAUUCCUCUCUUGCCUCAGUUCAUGACUGAGC